UAAUACGCCGUGAGAGGAUACGUACGCACUAACUCCGAGGAAAAUGGCCAACUUUGCAGCGGCGCUCUUGCCUACAUCGCCGACGCAGCUAGUGUUCGGCGAGAAAACCAUGUCGCCGACCAGUCCGGGUGGAAAAGAAGACGGCGGAGCUUCGGAGAAAGGGAACGGGGGUGGAGGAAGUAGCUCGACGGAGGAAAGCACAGGACCUAUACAACAGAAAGAGUUCUUCUGGGAUCAGUUUCUCGUCUACGUGUCCACGAUCAUUGCGCUUCUAACGGUCCUGGACGUAACGCUGCAGUUCUUUCGUGGAGGCGGGCUUGCGUGUCGGGUUCCCGUUACUAUAGGGGAGGCGGAAACGUGCAGAUAUUCGGAUAACCUGACCACCGGCGGCGACGUGACCUGUGGCGAGAUAGAGAUAAGCAGGGAUGAGGUGGUUUAUGUAAACACCUUCUGUCAGCAGAGUCUCACGCGUGCAGAGUAUUACCCUUUCUUUGUAUUGAUCCAAGGCCUUCUCCUAGCUGCUCCUCAGUAUCUGUGGGCGUCCCUGUUUGUGGGGCAGUUUGAUUUCUUUUUCGGUCUGGUUCAACAGCUCGACAGGUUGCGUAGCAGGGAAACGGGCGAGUAUCGUGCAAAAAACUUUGAAAUUGUGAACAAACUCGAAAAACAGUUCCCACGUAGGUGGAAAUGGGUCAGCAUUUUCUUUUUCUACGUCCUAAAACUUUCUGCACAGCUAAUUGUGGUCGUCAUUGCAAUAUUAGCCAAUGUAGCCGUUUUCGAUGUGCAAUACUUUGAUUUUGCUUUUGAUUGUCCCGAAACUCUGAAUCCACCACCGAAAGGUUGGUGGUUGCCUAUACGUGUCUCCUGCGUCUUCUCGUCGUUUCGUCUUCACAAGCAGUUGAGAGGGAUCAACAUUUUCCUACUCUGUUUGGCAUUUUUUGUCAUCUUGUACGGUCUGUGGUGGUGUGCCAAACGUCACGUCAAUGCACUUGGGUUCAAAGAUGCUGCACUCUUUGCUUUCAGUUCUUGCCUGAGACCGGCAGAAUAUGCCGAGGAGCGGUUCUUUCACAGUCGAGUUAGUCCUUUUAGCCCCCACAUCAGGAACGACUUGGAUUUUCUGCUCAUGCGGCUUUUUCGUGCCGACUCUGGCCACGGACUUGUCUUCAAGGAUAUCCAGGUUGAAGGUGAGCUCAAGAAAAGGAUCGAAAGGGACCACGAACUGCUCCACCUCUACGUUGAAGCAUCAAAAGACAACGCACGUACGAUUGAUUUGAGAAAGAUGUUCAAAGAUGCUGGGUUCGAGUCUGACCCAGAGCGAGAGGCCUUCAACUCCCUCGGUGAAAAAGCUCUCGGAAACAUUACAUGGGAUUCAAUUCAUACACCGACAAUCAGGAACAUUAUCUUUGGUUUCCUUCAGUUUGUCGACAAAAACGAUUUCGCAAUGGACAUUUCUUUUGGUUCAACGGGCUACUCUCUGAUACUUGCAAGAGCCUUUAAAGACGUAUUGUCGCUAAAUUUCGACCCGUUCUAUGCAAACGACAAAGAGGUGUUUCAUCUGGAGCAGUUCCACGCUGACUACUGCACAGUUCGAUUCCAAGAAAACGUUCUGACUAAGGGAACUGCCAAACUCAACAAGUUAGAAGAGGGACUGUCCAAGGAAUUCGAUGGGCCUUACCCUGACCUAGAAGGGAGCAAAAAAUGGCUCAAUUUGGUUCUCGUGGGCCCCUUUACUGACGAUGGAAAGAUUGCAACAGUCAACUUGUUUCUGGAGAGGCAAAAGAAUGCGGUCAGAUAUGCCAGGCACUGCAUACUGAUGUACAUUAGGCCUAUGAAGAUUGGUCCGCGAGAUGUUGCCGACAAGUUUUGCACUUUUACUCCACCUGAAGAUUACUUUAAAAAGUCUGGCAAUGGAGAAAAGCUGAGGGAAUUAGGAUUCGUGGAGAAAAUACUGGCGAAAAAGAAUUCUGCUACCAGUCCAGAUGGGGUGUUUAUCGUGGCGUGCGAAGAGAUAAAAAAGGAACACCAUAUUCUGGUGAAUGCUAAAUGUCACGAGACGCAAUGCCAGUUUGAAAUUACUCUGUUCGAAUACUGCGGACCUCUGGCAGAAGAACGUGGUCCUAAUCUACCGCCCGCGCCGAACAAUUUGACAACCCGAGUUUACAAGAAUGUCCGACUGCCGGAAGCAUUGCCCUCAUAAUACCGUCACAGAUGCUCUGUAAACUAGAGCAGGAGAAAAUCCAGCAGUUUAUGGACGGGCACAUGGCAAUACAACUCCAUGCUCGUGUUCCUGAGAAUCCUAUCCAGUUUAUCGUGCCCACCACUACUCCAGGUUCUCCCCAGAUUGUUAGUCCUGCUGUUCAUGAUAAUGAUGCACAGGCAGCAAGACGUCAGUCGCCUACAGGUCCUCCCCAGACUGCUGGUCCUCCUGAACAUGAUAAUGAUGCACAGCCAGCAAGACGUCAGUCGCCUACAGGUCCUCCCCAGGCUGCUGGUCCUCCUGAACAUGAUAAUGAUGCACAGGCAGCAGCAAUACGUCAGUCGCCUACUCUAAGUCAUGACACGAUAUAGAUACCGAAAAAACAGUGUAUUAUAUAUACACAUGAACAAUACAUGAUGAAUUUUGUACGUGAUACAUAGUGGAAUUGUAAAUUAACUCCUAAAAUGAAGUGUUUUAUAGUGAUGACAUCAUUGUGAUGUAAAUAUAUAUGACAUAUAUGCAAGUUUUGACUGCGGAUAUUGCAGAGAUAAUGAGAGGAAAUUAGCCCUAAUUUGUACUAAUGGACUGAUGAUUGACUGGAGACCUGUGGCAUUUGGCAUAGCUACUUAGUGAAAAUUGCAGCUGUGCAUGAAUAAUGGACAGGAAAUGAACCGUGAUGACUAAUUAUGAUUGUGUGUUUGGGAGUGGAGUGGGUGUGGUCUUGGGGUUUGGGAUGAUGAUGCAGCUAUUACUAUGUACCACCAGGGAGGUGGGGUUAUUUUCUGUGUGCGCUACUGGGAUGUUUAGGGCAGCGAUCCUUAUUGAUGCAGCUCUCGCAGAACCUGUGAACCACCCGGCAGUCAAACCCUGUGUAGCGCUGUAUUUUGCCCGAUGGUUUACUGCAGCCCUCACAUUGCUGGGAUGGGGGUGGUACCUCGCUCAUUUUCUUUGCUUGUGCCUCCUUUUCAAGUGUUCACAAAGAUCUCCAGUUGCAGAGCUGAUCUUUUUGCCAAGUGCUUUUUCCUGCUCCUCUUGUUCAGACAACUGCCGAAGAUCUCUCUUGCAAGUCUUUAACAACUUUCACUUUUUAUAGGCCACAUUUUGCCUAACUCGAUCGCUCCCUACGUCACUAUAAACUCUAUUCCGGGU